CAGGUCGCCAACUUAAAAGCAGAGCUGGCAAAAGCGGGCAAACCUUCUGGCUUCGCCACGCUUGACAGCAAUGGCCGCCUGCCCCACAACCUUCUCGCAGCAGGUUAUGAUAAGUACUCUGCGUACGACUUGGCGUGGCAAUCUCUCCACAUGGCGGCUGCUGCUGCCUGCAGAGGUAGCACUGCUUCAGGAGGAACUGGUUGCUGUGACAACCAGGUGAUGGCAAGAAACACCGCUGACAAGAAGACUUGUGCUCAAAUUUGUGCCCAGAGUGCUUACCGCAACUGUGACGCAGAGGUUUCCAUAUAUGGAAAGAAAGGCAAGGCCACAAAGAACGGAAUGAUCGUGGGCUCGUAUUACAAUUACGCCUGUGACCAUGCAGUCAACGGAGGAAGUGAGGUGUCUAGUUCUGACGAAACUGUCAUGAACUACAGUUACCCUUAUUUCAGCUUUUGUUGCUGUCGAAAGUAGCAUUCGCAACGGUUUUAUUACAGGGCGCUUAAAUCAUUGUAGUGAGGAAAUAUAGAAUAAGAGUCUAUCGCCGUUUACUUCUGGUAAAGAGUAAAAGACAAAAUAAAAGGUUUCACUUGGGACAAACAGCCCCGUCUGCUUUCUUUGCUCACUUCUACCACAUUAACAAAAUCCCCCCUCGCACCCACCCACUCACUCAUCAUAACAAGAGAAAAUCAAAAUAAUAAUAAUAAUAAUGAUGAUGAUGAUGAUGAUGAUGAUGAUGAUGAUGAUGAUUCGGAGGUGCCACAUCCACAAAGUGUUUCUUCGUCUAGCUAAUUCCUGGUAGCAUUGGAAUUUGGAAAUGUUGGUUUUUGAGGAAAGGGGAAAAUCGGAGUACCGGAGAAAAACCUUUUGGAGCAAAGGAGAGAACCAACAACAAACUCGACCCACAUAUGGCGUCGACGCCGGGAUUUGAACCCGGGCAACAUUGGUGGGAGGCGAGCAAUCUCACCACUGCGCCAUCCCUUGCUCCCCUCUCUUUUAGUUGAAGACGACUGUACUUAAAUAAGUACCUUUUUCAGACAGCAGUUUAACAAGCUACCCUUUUUAAUUUACCCCGGGGACAGACUUUCUUACAAAAAUGAGGGGGGUGUUCGCCCUACCAUUAGGGGGACUUGUACUGCUUCGUUCGCGUUGGCCUCAAAAGAUCGCCAUUAGAACUCUCGCAGGAUCUUUGAUUCAGGGGCCGUUUUUAUACCUCUUGUGGGUUAAGGGUUCAGCCGUGCCCAAUAUGUGAGUAAUUCUGCUACCUUUCACAUUUAAGGGUGUUUGUAAACUUUUCCGACGAGCCAUCCCCGCUACUAUUAUAUUCCCCGGGUAAUUUUUAUACUCUCAGGGCUCUGCCUCUGUAUUUAGUAAUAAGAUAAUCUCGCAUAUUACGAGAAAGGGGGAACGGGGGUCGGGGAACGGAAAGCGAGCACGGGUAGUGGAAAAAAGAAAAAAAUGGAACAACACAAGGAAUGGGUAAUGAAUUUCGGUUUUUGGUUUCCAUUUUUCGUUUUCUCGUUUCCCGUGCCAUUUCUAGUAACAUUAAGGUCAGAAGGGUGUGGUCGUCAUUUGGAAGCGAGCAAUUUAAAGUCUUUACAAUGUUUCAAUAUCUCCGUCUCCCUUUGAAACAACUUCCCCUUUCUUGAAAGGAAUUGUCGUGAAGCCUGUUGACUAAACAGAUUACAAGAGUUGCGUUCAACGUGUACAUCAAUUAAAUGAAGUUAUUCAUCAUAAUAAAAGCCAUUUCUUUAAAGGAGAAAUAAGAAAAAUUCAUCGUUGACAUUGAAGUGAUUAUUCUAAAUGCUGAGUAAGUACUUGACGUGAAUGUUUCAGUUGUUUCAGAACUGCGUUCAAAUAGUUGUGAUGCGUGACUGAAUAAAGCAAAUUAAUUAGAAUGGCCAUUUCUAAAAAAAUGUCAAUAAGCUCAAUUAAGUUUAUUUUCUUUUGUCUAAUUUGAUGGUGACCUUCGCUUUCACAUUCAGCCCUCCAAUAGUAAAACACGACUAUUGAACAAGUUUCUUUUCUUUGUUUCAAAAGUAAAGAAUGACGUUGCAAGGACGGACAACUGACAAUAGUUCCUUACUACACAGCAUUUCAAACUUUUAUAUACGAAGAUGAAGGUCCCAUCUUUGAAGAUUGUUUUCGUUGUCCUCGCUCUUGACGCCAUCCCACCGAAGCAAGUCGCUUGGGUCAGCAAAGCCUCUUCGACUUCAACAGCUAUGAGUAUUCUGUCUCGCUGCCCCCAAAGCAAGUGCUUGGUAAGAUUCCUUUCCCGCUAAAGUUGGCCGGCUUGAGCCUUGAUUUUACAAUAUUUUAGGUGUUUAAUUUUUAGAUAUUGAUUUCUCUUUCUGUUAAAAUUAGACGGAUGCGAUUUCUUGUCUCGCAGGAGCGCAGUACAGCGACACCAAUAACUCAGGUGCGAAGAUGGAACACGCUAUAUAUGAUUUGAUAUUUUGAACGAAAAAGAGGACAUUAUGCCCUUUCAACGGUUUUUUAUGUUUUAACAGCCAAGCCAGUUUUUUCAAGAUGCGAAUAUUUACAUGUUUAACAACUUUGUUCCCGGGAUUAACUUAACAUGGAAUUUCCUCAUUUCGGCCUAACUUUAAACAUCCAAUUGCCUAAUAACUUUAAACUCGCAAUUUACUAAAUACCAGAAAACGGCUUUUUUAAUUGAAGGAGAAAUGUCGCGGAUCACUUCAUUCAAAAUCUUGUGGACGCGAAAUUACCGUAUGGCACGAAAUGUUUGCGGGAGUUUAUUUUUCGGAUUGGCGAUUUUAUAUGUUCUGGAACUAAUUUUUGCGAUUAGGACAGAUUGGUUUUUCUUACUGGGAAUCAAUAUUUGCGAUUUUCAGAAAGUACCCAUGCCAGUACCCAGCAUUGAUAAUAUUUUUUUUUUUAUUGAGUACGUACAAUAGAAAUACAUAUUUUCAAACAAUAAACCAGUACCAGUUUCGUUGUAUACCGUUUUGUUCUGAAUCAGAGACAAGUUGUUAUUGAACAGACACGAUUUCUUAGCACUGCAUUUUUGUGUAGCGAAUUUAAGUUAGAGAAUAUUCACUCUGGAGUACACUUUUUGUGGAAAAAAUGUUAGCAGUAAUUUUUAUUUGCGGGAACGUGUUUUUGCGGAUCGCUGGAAAAAUCGCAAAAAUUAGAACCCGCAAAAAUUUCGUGCCAUCGGCACGGUAGUCACUUAACAUAUAAAUUAUUUUCUAAGUCGUAUUUGUUUAUUUGAUUUUAGAUCAGGCAAAAAAAUUGGAAAAACUAGAGAAAGAGGUCAGUUUCUAUUUCCAAUCGACGGGUAAAUAUAGAAUUCAUGAAGUAAUAGUUAUAUUUUUGGUAAAUUCUUAUAGUUGUCUGUGUACAGUAGAAAUUAACUUGUCGUGUUGUUGUCGUACAGUACUGUAUAGGAAAAUACAGUCGACUCCCGAUAACUCGAACCCUCGCUAACUAGAACCUCGCGCCUACUCGAACCAAAAUCGAUUUCCGCUGGACUUCCGUCAUACAUUCACUGUAGUUUUACCCUUGGUAACUCGAACCCUUGAUAACACGAACUCCCGCUAACUCGAACCAAUUUUCGUUUCCUCUCAGGUCAUUUUCUAUAUAAUUUUACCCUCGAUAACUCGAACCAUGUUUUGAGCCCUUAAAAAGUCGGGAAAAAAGCCGUCUACUGGCGUUCGAAACAUUGAAUUUUGGACUUCCUACUGACGUGUUGUAGGAGUAUAGUUUACUUAUGGAGGCUGAUGUUGAUUGUCACAGGCUAACGUUAAGCAGCUUUUCUUCUUAAAACAGUAAAACGCAUGCUCUAUUUAGGCUAUCUUUUGUUUACGUUACGUUCUGAUUUAUAAUCUAGAAGUAUCUUUUAAUUUUCGCUCUCGUUUUCACUUGACAUUUCUUCAAUUAGAUGUGAUUAAGAUGUUCACUGUGCGGUAAAAACUGUUUUUUACCCUACUCUCGGCUAUUUUCUUCGAACUCCCGAUAACGAUAACUCGAACCUUUUUUCGAUUUCCCUUGAAGGUUCGAGUUAUCGGGAGUCGACUGUACAGUCGACUCCCGAUAACUCGAACUCGACUCCCGAUAACUCGAAUUCGCCUCGAGUUAUUUUUAACACCACAGAUGUCAAGGGGGAUUAGACAAGAGCCAAUCACAUAGCGCGAAUGUGUUCCGCGUGGAUGAACCACGCUCAGAGCCACGCGUCCUUCACGAAUUGACGCUAAAAAAAAUGGCGGAAGACGCGGAGAGCGAUAUUGCUAUUCGUUUUGUCGACGAAAACGACUAAAGAGAGAUUUCUGCUAAAGCUGUGUCAGCGAAACAGAAAUUAAAAAAGAAUCGCCCUUCCCCUCUUGUAUAGAGCUAACAGUACAGCAGGGAAAUCCUUAACACACUGAAUAUUUUCUCAGGAUCAUUUAUAAUUUACAGUUUGAAGAGAGCAAUUUCUGGUUUGAUAUUUAUUCUUUUAUUAUCUUUUAUUAUUCAACAAAACAACACUUGGCGUCCUACUUGCUUUAUUGUACAAACGACCGGUUUCAAUAGACCGGCGAAAUUUCUCAUUUUAUUAAAGCACUGAGGUUACGACAACUUCGAGUUAAACUGAUUUCACGGGUUGUCCAAGAGUCCAGCGAUUCCCUUUUCCCAGGUGAGCGCCGACUCAUUUCGCUUCAAUAUUCAGAAAUGCUCUCGAUCUCUUUACGCUUUCAUUGCCUUUCGCCCGACAUGUUUUGCACGGCGUUUAGUCAUGCGAAACCUCCACGAAACAUCCACGCUGCACGCGAGAUAGCUUUUUGAUCCCGAUUCUAAAAAUAACUAGAGACGAAUUACCUAUGGAAUAGGGUGUGUAUGGGGGAUGCCUUCUCUGCCCCCUAUAUCCUCUCUUGUCCAUGUAAGUUACUGAUUUUAAUUUUUUAAUUUUUUGGCGUUCGUUUAAGCCGUAAUAGACGUAUGAGAACAUUAUAAUAAGCAUCAAGCCUUACUCAACCCAACAGCAGAUUUUUUGCCCCAUUUGUUUCUUUUAUGGAUAAAGACUUAAUUUUACUGAACUAAAAAUUCUUAAUGAACUUGAAAAAGAAAGAUUGUCUACGUCCGCCACAUCAGCAUUUCUCACUACUUUAUCUAACAUUUAAUUAAGAGAUAGUCAGUUAAAUUGUGUCAACAUAUGAUCCACUCAACCAAUGGCUCUUUGGGCUACGUAUAAGACUCCUUUUUGAAAAUUAGUAGUCGUAUAUAUUUAGCUGAAAAGUUCAAAAUAAAAUCAAGUAAGCAUCAAGUCUUUCACUCGUCACUUUCAGGUCGCAGACUUAAAAGCAAAACUGGCAAAAGCAGGUAAACCUUCUGGCUUCGCCAUGCUCGACAGCAAUGGCCGCCUGUCCCACAACCUUCUUAACGCAGGUUAUGAUAAGUACUCUGCCCACGACUUGGCGUGGCAGUCUCUUCACAUGGCGGCUGCUGCUGCCUGCAGAGGUAGCACUGCUUCAGGAGGAACUGGUUGCUGCGGAAACACGGUGAUGGCAAGAAACACCGCUGACAGGAAGAGUUGUGCUCAGAUUUGCGCCCAGACUGCUUACCGCAACUGUGACGCAGAGGUUUCAAUCUACGGCAAGAAAGGCAAGGCCACAAAGAACGGAAUGGUCGUGGGCGAGUUUUACAAUUACGGCUGUAACCAAGCAGCCAGUGGAGGGAGUGAGGUGUCCAGUUCUGACGAUUCUGUCAGAACCAGUGGUUACUACAGUUUCUGUUGCUGUCGAAAGUAG